UGCGCCGGCGCAGUACUUAGAUGAGGAAGCGGCCCGUUUUUCAGAGACCCGAGUACUGGGCGAGCCUUCACACCACUGGCGGUUCUGGCUUCUUGGUACUCUGUUUUUUCCCAAGAAAGAAGAAUUCACCAAGAAAAAAAGGGAAUGACUUCUGUGCUCCUAACAGCCAAAUCCCAGAUACCACUGACAUUCGAAGAUGUGGCUGUGGACUUCACCUGGGAGGAAUGGGGACUCUUGGAACCUUCUCAGAAGGACAUGUAUUGGGAUGUGAUGCUGGAGAACUAUGAGAAUUUUGUCUCCCUUGGAGGCAUUCCUAUUUCCCUACCAGAUGUGAUUUCCCAGAUGGAAAGAAUAGAGGCCCCCUGGAUGGCAGAGGGAGGAGUCCUGAUUAGCACUUUUCUAGAUUCUCUUAGUCAGAAGACAAGAUGUGAAACCAAGGAGACAACUGGGAAGCAGGAUAUUUUUGUGGGAGAACCAUUUAAAGAGAGAUUCAUAAAGGAAGGGCCUUGGCAUUCCACAUUGGGAGGAACUUGGGAUUGUGGUGAUAGGUUAGAUAGGCAGAAAGGAAACCAAGAAACACUGUCUCAGGAGGUAACAAUCCCUAAUGAAUCUGUUCGUGAAUGUAGUCUAUUUGGGAGAAAGCUCAACCUGGGGUCAGUUGUUAUUCCACAACAGAGAGUUCACACAGGAGAAAGUCUUCCUAAAUACAGUACUCUUGGAAGGAGUUUAAAGCAGUUUUUUGACCCACUUAAACCUAAGAGAAUCUCCAUUGGGAAGAAACUCAAGUACAGUAAAUGCAGGAAGCCCUUCAGUUACCAGUCAAACCUUAUUCAUUACCAUAGAACCCAUCCUCGAGGGAAACCCCAUAAAUGUAAUGAAUGUAACAGAUCUUUCAGCAAGAAAGGAAGCCUUAAUGCACAUAAAUUAAUUCAUACUGGAGAGAAACGGUUUGAAUGUAGUACCUGUGGGAGAGGCUUCAGAUACCAUUCAUCCCUUAAACAACAUCAGAUAAUUCAUACUGGUGAGAAACCCUAUAAGUGCAGUGAAUGUGGGAAAGGCUUUAGCCAGAGAGGAAUCCUUAAGACACAUAAAAUCAGUCAUACUAGAGAAAACCACUUGGAAUGUAAUGUGUGUGGGAAAGGCUUCAGAUAUCGCGCAUCCCUUAGGGUACAUAAGAAAAUUCAUACUGGAGAGAAACCACAUAUAUGUAAUGAAUGUGGGAAAGCCUUCAGCCUGAAGGGAAACCUUAGAACUCAUAAGAGAUUUCAUACAGGUGAGAUGCCUUUUGAGUGUAAUGAAUGUGGGAAAGCCUUCAUACUGAGAAGAGAUCUCAACAAACAUAAGAGAAUUCAUACUGGUGAGAAACCCUAUAUGUGUAAUGAAUGUGGGAAAGCCUUCAGGUGGAAUGGAAGUCUUAAAUCACAUAAGAGAAUUCACACUGGAGAGAAACCCUAUGUAUGUAAUGAAUGUGGGAAAGCAUUCACCAAUUAUCAAAGUCUGACUCAUCAUCAGAUAUUUCAUACUGGAGAGAAAACCUUUCAGUGUAGUGAAUGUGAGAAAGCUUUCACCCAGAGAGCAAACCUUAAUCGGCAUAGGAGAAUUCAUACUGGAGAGAAACCCUAUAUAUGUAAUGAAUGUGGAAAGGCCUUUAUUGUAAUGGGAAACCUUAAAAGACAUAUGAGAAUUCAUACAGGAGAGAAACCUUAUAAAUGUAAUGAGUGUGGAAAAGCAUUCACCAAUCAUCAAAGCCUAAUUCAUCAUCAAAUAUUUCAUACAGGAGCGAAAACCUUUCAGUGUAAUGAAUGUGAGAAAGCCUUCACCACAAAAGGAAACCUUAAUAUACAUAAAAGAGUUCAUACUGGAGAGAAACCCUAUGUGUGUAAUGAAUGUGGUAAGUCAUUUAAUGUGAAGAGAACCCUGACUAUGCAUAAAAUAACUCAUACUGGAGAGAAACCCUUUGAAUGCAAUGAAUGUGGGAAAGCUUUCAGCCAGAAGGGAAGUCUUAAAAGACAUAAGAGGAUUCAUACUGGAGAGAAACCCUAUAAAUGUAAUGAAUGUGGAAAAGCUUUUACCAAUCAACAAAGUUUAACUUACCAUCAAGUCUGUCAUACCAGGGAGAGACCCUUUCAGUGUAAUGAAUGUGGAAAAACCUUCAUCCAGAAAGGAAAACUUAAUAGACAUUCAAUAACUCAUAAGGGAAUGAAACUCUACAUCUGUAAUGACUGUGGAAAAGCUUUUAACCAGAUGGGAAAUCUUAAUACACACAAAAUAACUCAUACUGGAGAGAAACAAUUUGAACUACUUAAUUCUAGGAAGCCAUAAAAUACAUAAAAGAAUCCAUAUUGGAAAGAGUCCAUAUAAAUGAAUGAAUGUAAAAACCCUCAAGUAUCAAAGCCUAAAUUACCAUCAAUAUUUCAUGCUGAUGAGAAAGUAUUUCUCUAUAACGAAUGUUGGAAAGCUUUCAACUAGAAGGAAAACAUUAAUUCGUGGAAGAGCAUUCACUCAGUGAGGUGCCUUUUCUAUUUAAUUAAUAUGGGAAAAUUGACCAAAAUUCAAGACCCAAUUCAUUUUAUAUUCAAGGGAAACCAUUCCAGUGUGAUGAAUGUAUUUUAAAAACAUCAGAAUUCUUAGUGGAGACAAAUGUCUUGUCCAAACUUUAUUGUACAUAAUGAAAUUCAUAGUAGAUACACCCCCUUCCCCACUGAAUAUAAACAAUGUAGGAAAAUAUUCAGGUCCGGCCUAUAUGAGAUAAUUUGUACUGGAGAAAAAUCCAUUUAAGUUUAGGGAAGCUGGGAAAGCCUUUAGAAAAAGUACACUAACUCUACAUCCACGGAUACUGAGUGGGUACUCAUCCAUAAAUGUGUUCAGUCAUUUGGAGGCAAGCCCUUUCAAGGUAACUGAUGGACACAGUAAUCUCAGCAUGAGUCAAAUGAGUGGUUGAUAGGGAAGGAGCAGAGUUCUGAGAGCCUAAUAUACCUUUUUAGGAAACUUCAGAGAGGCAGGGAGAAAGCCAAGAUGAAUUCAUAUAGAAGAUGGAUUAAGUUAAUCUACUAGAGUAAGAAUAAGAGAUAAAAUUAGAAGUCAUAAGGAGGCAGUUUUCAGUUCAUUAUAAGUAAGGAGGCCUGGAAAGCUUGAGUGUAGCUAGAAAGCAGCGAUUAGGCAUAAUAAUAAAGACAGGGUUGUGGAACCUACAUGUUUCAACUAGGUCCUGUUUUAGCCCCCAGUUUCAGUUGCAUGCUACUUGUAGAGGAUCUUAGAUCCUAAAGCCCCAGCCUACAUGUAACUCCCAUGAAAGCUUAAGAGCUAUUGUCUAAGAUAAUGCCUUUUGAAGACACAGGCUCACGAUCAGUAAUAUAAUGGGAGUUAUGAAGAGUAGUCUAACCUAAAGUCAGAUCAUGGUGAGUACCAUGGGCUUAAUGUUAACAUCAGACAAUUGGAUUCAAAGAAAAGAUUUGGCAUGGGGACAUUUUGUUGGCUUUUGUUAGUUCUCCAGAUGAGUGUAAUAUUUCCAAGCUGUGCACUAAGAGUAUUAGCCUGCCCUUUAUAAGUUAAGGCUUUCUAAAUAGUGCACUUAAGAACAGAGAGCUGCAGCAUAGCCCUUAAUGCUAGAAUCCCUGAACAGUAUAGCUCAGUGACCAUGAAAUCAUCAGAGGCAAUACGAUGGACUGGGAAUGUGAUAAUUACCAGAAGAUGUCACCAUUUCUGCAAUUUGGAGAUGCAUUGCCCUGGCCACACAUGUGCCAUGGCUACAUCAGUACCUGCCUUGUUUCCCUUGAUGUGUUCUAUUGUGUGUGUCUUCCAUUUGUUUUCCCAGCUCAUAUGAGUAUUCUGUGAAUGUUCUUUGUAAAUGAUACUGUAACCUGUGGGAUAUAUACCCCGUGUGUGCAUGGGGAAGGGGGGGAGUGUGAAUUUUGUUGCUUUAUUUGCUAUGCUGUUUGAUUAAAUACCUUUUAUUUUGAA